UUCCAGUCACCAAACGUGAAAUCGAAGAGUACACUUAUGCAGAAAAUGAACAGAAGACUAAACGUAUUAAAAACAUGGCAACGCCUUCAUCUUUCUGUAAACCAAAAGAGAUGUUAAAGGUUCUAGAUGAAGAUCCUCUCAUGUGUAAUCAUAGACCUCACGAUCCGGACAUUCCUAUCACUUUAUAUCACUCGACUUUUGCACGUUUUCAGGAAAACCGUGACAAGGCCAUAGUUACGAAGGAAGACUGUGCAUUAGUAAUUGAAUUAGUCGAACGUAUGGAAAAGACCUUCAGAUAUGAAAGUGAAAGACAACGCGAAUUUCACUCGUGGGCAUCUGAAUAUCUGAACUUGGCUGUUGGUAAACUACCACUUCCCGAAGAUCAUCAAGAAGCUGAUAUAGGCGCCGUUGCAAUCGUCGGACAAUUAUCGUUUACACUCCUUGUUGGCGAAAUAAAAAAUGAGAUCGGAGAAGGGGGUGGGUGCGCGUAUGUACAAGCCUGUGCUUCUUAUACGAAGGUGAUUGGCCUAAACAACAGCAAUAUAGUACGUCAAGGACUCAAUCCUACAUUUCUUCUUUAUCUUUCUGGACCUUAUCUGGGUAUUGGUGGAGCUGUUUUAGGUAAGGACUUUACGAUGGAACCUCUUACCCCGAUUUUUCCACUCCUGUUUAUGAAGAAUGAUCCAAAUGCAAUGGAAGAUCUAGCUCGUGCACUUGUGGCAUUGAAGACCGGCCUUCAAGAGCUGAAUCAUUAUUAUCAAGCACGUUAUGGACAGGCUCGCUAUAUUGACCCCAGUAAUCACUUACGUGAGGACAGUUUUCCGUAUGUUCGCAAAUUUGUGACAGAGUCGGGAGAAUUUGGUUUUUCAUAUGUGAAACCAAUAUGUAGUGGAAGGCCACUCUUUUUAGUGAGAGGGAAGUCCGGUGAUUUUCAGGACAAAUUGAUGGUUGUGAAAUUCACCAAAAGGUAUGGUAUAGAUGGUCACAAUUACUGUGCAAGGCAGAAAGUCGCCCCCGAAGUCUAUGCAUACAAUCAUAUACCUGGCUGGAUCAUGGUUGUCAUGGAAUAUCUAUCAGAGGAAGAAUAUAUCACUGCCCAUACUGCUAUCCAUGCCUGGAAGCGCGAUCGAAAAGUAUUGUUAAAGAAAGCAGAAGAUACUGUCAGUAUCUUACAUGCUGGAGGUUUUGCCAUCAAACGUUAUGGUUUCACGUGA